AAAGCGCAUUCAAUCUUCGCUUUAGUUAUACAAUUCAAUCACUCAUCUGAUCUUAAUCCAGCUGGAGUUUACGCGACACGUAAGCUGUGUGUUUUAUACGCCCUAAAAGCGCGUCGUCCGUCUCUUCCUUCCAGGCAGCCAUCUGAUCACAAUAUUUUCCUUCUCCCCUACUCUGAGACACUUCGUAUUUCUUCAACUUUUCAACGCAAUCGAGAGCCUUCUGCUUUGCCACAGCAUAGAUAUCAGAAAAGCAUCCGACCUCAUCACCACCUUAUUUCUCUCAUAACCCUUCCACCCAAAUUCAAUCCCUAACCAUGCUCCUCACCCUCCCCCACGAACUCCGCGACCUCAUCUACGCCCUCGCCCUCUGCCCCUCCAACCCCAACUACCGCCAAAAAAUCCACCGCUCCCAUCCUCCCCGCUCCCCCUCCCCUACCCACCACCUCUCCCUCCUCCGCGUCUCCCACCAACUCUACGCCGAAGCUCACCCAAUCUACUACUCCGCCAACCUCUUCCACAUCAGCGGCCGCGCCGUCGUCACCGUAAUCCCCUUCCUCACGAACAUCAGCCCGCGCGGGCUGCAGCACCUCCGCGCCCUCUCCCUCGUCCCAUCAGCCGAAACCGCCUCCACACGCCACAGCUUCGCAAACACGCUCGCAACGGUGCCCCAGCUCGAGCGGCUGGAGCUGCGGCUCGAUGACAAUGACACCGACUUUCUGAGCGAAGUGACGAAUAUUGCCCAUCCGCGGCGGGGGAUGGUGGCGGAGACUCUGGAUCAGAGUAGGAAUUAUUGGUGGAUCACCGCGCUGAGCGGGCUGAAGCGGUUUGAUAUCGUGCUAAAAUUGAAGUGCGGGAAGGGAGAGCAGGGGUGUGUGCGGCCGAGGGGGCACACGUGCGCGGAGUGGCGGGAGGCAGCGAGGGAGGUAGAGAGCGAAACUAGGGUGGAGGUGUAUCAGCCGCGGGCGCCAUGGGGGCAGUCCGCGAGGUACUUGACGCGGAGGGCAAUGAAAGCGAGGGUGGCGCAGUAGAAGAGGUUUUUAAGGGAGAUGGGGAAGUUUCGGGAGAGGAUGGAGAGGGAGUUUGGGAGGCCGGAGAUGGGGGCUGUGCAUCGGGAGUUGAGGGCGAGGAUUGCAAUUGCUCCAGAGGCGUAGGAACUUUUAAGAUUGCGCACCGUAUCACAUUUACAC